CUCAAGGGUCUUGAUGAGUGCUGCGAACGCUUCAGGAUUAAUACCGAAUGGCAGCUUUUUAACUCUAAGACUUUGAGUUUCAGGUCGCUUUUCUCGAGGGAGAAGGGUUUCCGUGUAUUGAUUGAUCUGCAAGGGAAUUUGCCCAGGGAACUGUCACCGCCGACCCGACUGGCCCGUGGCAGAGACAAGUGAGCAUCGCAACUUGGUUCAAAUAACCAACAUGCGGUACUUGACGUGGCUACGGCCAGCUUGCCUAGUUGGCUCAAUGCUGGCUGCAUCGACAGCAGCUUUGCCACCGCAGCCGCACGAUCAGAUACUAUUAUCCGGGGAAGAUGCAUCGCCCGAUAGCCAUGGCAGUGAGACACCUGCGGACACUACCGGCAAGUCUAGCAAUGGCAGGAAGAACAUUGUCUUCAUCCUCACCGACGACCAGGAUGCCGUGAUGGACUCUGUCUCCUACAUGCCGCUAUUGCACAAGCACAUUGCCGACCAAGGCACCUCAUUCGUCAACCACUUCACCACCACUGCCAUUUGCUGUCCGUCCCGCGUCUCGCUCUGGACUGGCAAGCAGCCUCACAACACGAAUGUGACCGAUGUUAGUCCUCCAUAUGGCGGCUUCCCCAAGUUUGUCUCCCAGGGCCUAAACGACAACUAUCUCCCCGUCUGGCUGCAGGAGGCUGGCUACAACACCUAUUACACAGGGAAGCUGUUCAACGCCCAUAACAUCUACAACUAUGACUCGCCGUACCCUGCGGCAUGGACCGGCACAAACUUCCUCCUGGACCCGGGCACCUAUUCCUAUCUCAAUCCCAUCUACCAGCGCAAUCGCGAGGCACCUGUGCGACACCAUGGAGAGCACACGUCAGACCUGAUUGCUGGGUAUGCUCGCGAGCUACUCGGGGAGGCCAUUGACGCCGAGAACCCCUUCUUCCUUGCCAUUGCACCCAUUGCACCACACUCCAACAUUGACUUCAACCGCGGCGGUGGUGCGCCUCAUAUGACCACUCCAAUCCCGGCCAAGAGACACUCUCAUCUCUUCGAGGGAGUCAAGGUCCCACGGUCAGACAACUUCAACCCCGACUCGCCCAGCGGUGUGAGCUGGAUCCGUAAACUGCCCAAGCUGAGCGAGUCUUCAGUUUCAUAUAUCGAUGACUACUAUCGUGCUCGACUUCAAGCAUUGCAGGCAGUCGACGAGAUCAUCGAGCAAGUCGUCACUCAGCUCGACGAGGCUGGCCUGCUCGACGAUACUUACAUCAUUUACUCCUCCGACAACGGGUUCCACCUCGGGCAGCACAGAUUGCCCCCCGGAAAGGAAUGUGGCUUUGACGAGGACAUUCGAGUUCCUCUCUUCGUGCGCGGCCCAGGCGUAGCUGCUGGCUCCGUUGAGGAUACCGUGACAACUCACAUCGAUCUGGCCCCGACGAUUCUCAAGCUGGCCGGAGUUGAACUCCGCCCUGACUUUGAUGGCACCCCUAUUCCAGUGCAGAAGGAUGAGGCUAGCAUCAUCAGACACGAGCAUGUUGCAGUCGAAUAUUGGGGAAUGGCGCUUGCAGAGGGUGAAACGGGGGGGUUCGAUGGAAAAGGGCAGUAUGUUAUCCGAAACAAUACCUACAAGGGAGUUCGUAUAGUCCACCAGAACUAUGACCUUUACUACUCGGCCUGGUGCAACAAUGAGCACGAGCUCUACGACAUCAAGAAGGACCCAGGGCAACUGAACAACCUCGUUCGCGGAGCAGGAGCCUUUGGCCCCGAACACUUGUCCCUCCUCGGGACCAGCAUCACCCGGGUAGUUGACCGUCUAGACUCCCUCAUGCUGGUGCUAAAGUCAUGUAGAGGUAAGACGUGCGUAGAGCCUUGGAAGAUUCUGCACCCACAAGGUGAUGUGGAAAGUCUACAAGAUGCUCUCCAGCAGAAGUAUGAUGGGUUUUAUCAGCUGCAGGUCAAGGUUCACUUUGAUCGAUGCGAGGAUGGAUAUAUUGUCGACGCCGAGGGGCCUCAAGUUGGCUACCAAUACCGUGAUGGGUUGGAGUGGCAUCAUUGGACUUAAAUGAGGUCUGCUGACUGAAGAUCUUAUCUUGUUUAGAACCUACGCCAUGUCG